AUGCCUCAAUUAGAUGUUGUAACAUUUAUAAAUCAAUAUGUUUGAGUUAUAGGAUCCGUUUCUAGUAUUAUAAUAAUAUCUAUUAUAACUAUUUUACCUUCGAUCAAAAAAUUAAACGAAAUUAGACACAUUACAGGUGACGAGGUAGUAAGUUUUAAGAAAAAAAGGGAGUAUAGUACAUUUAAAAAAUUACUUAAUUAUUAA